GCGCACGUUGCGGCAGUCAGUCGAAAAUCAGCCAACGUGCGCGUUACAUUACGAACCGGAUAACCAUCGGCGCUGCACCACUCUCGAGUCCCAUAGAAAGAAAAAAAAAACAUAAGAAAUUGGGUUCAGCCGAAAAAGUGAUAAUAGAAUUCGCGCCCGCAGCUAAAUUAAAAUUCAUCAGAGGUUCCUACAGACGCGACGCGAGUUUCGAAACAAAAAACCCGGAAUAAACCGAACAAAUUCAAAUUGAGAAAACGAAUAAUCAAACGCAAAACGAAUAGGAAAAUUUAAAAUUUUAAAAAUUCAACACCAAAAGUGCUAUAAAAUGUGCCGGGUGUAAAACGAGAGAGAACAUAAUUAACUAACGAAAGAAAAUUGGGAAAAUCUGGCCUGAAGCUGAGGGAGCACAAGCCGAAAAUAUGUGCGCAGACUUUUCCUUUGCCAGCCAGUGGAAUUGAUUUUCUUUUCGUUUCUCCCACAAUCCCACAACAACUUCCCUCCUCCGCACCUUUUCUGGUCCAAAGAGUUCGAGUGGCCACCAUGAUCUACUAUACGCUCCUACUCCUUCUCGCCCUGCCCUCGGUCCUGGCCCAGGAUCAGCAGCAGCAGCAGCACACCACGGAGUCCCUGUCGACCAAGCACCAGCAGCAGUCGCACUCCAAUGCCAUUAUGGGCGAGGCCGGUGUCUCCAACACCCAGUUGAUGCAGCCCGCCACUCCGGCAAGGACUCUGCGUCCCCUGAGCUCCGGCUCUGGCGGGGAUCAGGCCCUGUACGACGCUCCCGAUGACUGUCACUUUAUGCCGGCCGCUGGCCUGGACCAGCCGGAGAUUGCGCUUACCUGCAACCUGCGGACGGUGAACAGCGAGUUCGACACCACGAACUUUAGCGUGAUUCCCGCAGAGCACACCGUGGCCUUGCACAUCCUCUGCAACGACGAGAUCAUGGCCAAGAGCCGGCUGGAGGCCCAGUCCUUUGCCCACUUGGCCAGGCUCCAGCAGCUGUCCAUCCAGUACUGCAAGCUGGGACGCCUGGGUCGCCAGGUGCUCGAUGGCCUCGAGCAGCUAAAGAAUCUCACGCUGCGCACCCACAACAUCCUGUGGCCAGCCCUCAACUUUGAGAUCGAGGCGGAUGCCUUCUCGGUGACCCGGAGGCUGGAGCGGCUUGACCUGAGCUCCAACAAUAUCUGGUCCCUGCCGGACAACAUCUUUUGCACGCUGUCCGAGCUGUCGGCUCUGAACAUGAGUGAGAACCGCCUGCAGGAUGUCAACGAGCUGGGCUUCCGGGAUCGCAGCAAGGAGGCCGCACCGACUGGCUCCACCGAGGCCAGUUCCACAACCGAGUCGGGCAAGAAAGCUGGCAGCAGCAGCAGUAGCUCCAGUAGCUGUUCCCUCGACUUGGAGUACCUGGAUGUGAGCCACAAUGAUUUUGUUGUCCUGCCAGCCAAUGGUUUUGGCACUCUGAGGCGCCUGCGAGUCCUGUCGGUGAACAACAAUGGCAUCUCGAUGAUAGCCGACAAGGCGCUCAGUGGUUUAAAGAACCUGCAGAUCCUGAAUUUGAGUUCCAACAAAAUCGUGGCCCUGCCCACAGAGCUGUUCGCCGAGCAGGCCAAGGUCAUCCAGGAGGUGUACCUGCAAAACAACUCGAUUAGUGUCCUGAAUCCGCAGCUCUUCUCGAACCUGGACCAGUUGCAGGCUUUAGAUCUCUCGAUGAACCAGAUAACGUCCACGUGGAUCGACAAGAACACCUUUGUGGGCCUGAUCCGUCUGGUCCUGCUUAACCUGUCACACAACAAGCUGACCAAGCUGGAGCCGGAGAUCUUCAGCGACCUGUACACCCUGCAGAUCCUGAAUCUGCGCCACAACCAGCUGGAGAACAUAGCGGCCGACACCUUCGCCCCGAUGAACAACCUGCACACGCUGCUGCUGUCCCACAACAAGCUGAAGUACCUGGACGCGUAUGCCCUGAACGGGCUGUAUGUCCUGUCGCUGCUCUCGCUGGACAACAAUGCGCUGAUUGGCGUGCAUCCGGACGCCUUCCGCAACUGCAGUGCCCUACAGGACCUCAAUCUGAAUGGCAAUCAACUGAAAACGGUGCCCCUGGCCUUGAGGAACAUGCGACACCUCAGGACCGUGGAUCUGGGCGAGAAUAUGAUUACUGUGAUGGAGGACAGUGCCUUCAAGGGGCUGGGAAAUCUCUACGGCCUCCGCCUGAUUGGCAACUAUCUGGAGAAUAUUACAAUGAAUACGUUCAGGGAUCUGCCCAGCCUGCAGAUUCUGAAUCUGGCCAGGAAUCGCAUUGCUGUUGUGGAGCCCGGUGCCUUCGAGAUGACCUCAAGCAUUCAGGCUAUCCGCCUGGAUGGCAAUGACUUGAACGACAUCAAUGGACUGUUCAGCAACAUGCCUUCCCUGCUCUGGCUGAACAUCUCCGACAAUCGCCUGGAGAGCUUCGACUAUGGCCACGUUCCCGCUACCCUGCAGUGGCUGGAUCUGCACAAGAACCGCCUCAGCUCCCUGUCCAAUCGCUUCGGCCUGGACGCCGAGCUGAAGCUGCAGACCCUGGACGUGAGUUUCAACCAGAUCCAGCGCAUAGGGCCCAGCUCCAUACCCAACUCCAUAGAGCUGCUGUUCCUGAACGACAACCUCAUUACGACCGUGGAUCCGGACACCUUCAUGCACAAGACCAACCUCACGAGGGUGGAUCUCUACGCCAAUCAGAUAACCACGCUGGACAUCAAGUCGCUGCGGAUCCUGCCCGUGUGGGAGCAUCGGCCCCUGCCCGAGUUCUAUAUCGGCGGCAAUCCCUUCACCUGCGACUGCAACAUCGACUGGCUGCAGAAGAUAAACAAUGUGAAUCACAUCACCUCCCGCCAGUAUCCCAGGAUCAUGGAUCUGGAGACCAUCUACUGCAAGCUGCUGAACAACAGGGAACGUGCCUACAUUCCCCUGAUUGAGGCCGAGCCCAAGCACUUCCUGUGCACCUACAAGACCCACUGCUUCGCCGUGUGCCACUGCUGCGAGUUCGAUGCCUGCGACUGCGAGAUGACCUGCCCCACGAACUGCACCUGCUUCCACGACCAGACCUGGUCCACGAACAUUGUGGAGUGCUCUGGGGCCGGCUACUCCGAGAUGCCGCGUCGCGUGCCCAUGGACACCACCGAGCUGUACAUUGAUGGCAACAACUUUGUGGAGCUGGCGGGCCACUCCUUCCUGGGCCGCAAGAACCUGGCCGUCCUCUAUGCCAACAACUCGAACGUAGCCCACAUUUACAACACCACCUUCAGCGGGCUGAAGCGCCUGUUGAUCCUGCACCUGGAGGACAACCACAUAGUCAGUCUGGAGGGCAACGAGUUCCACAAUCUGGAAAACCUGCGGGAGCUGUACUUGCAGUCCAACAGGAUAGCCAGCAUUGCCAACGGCAGCUUCCAGAUGCUGAGGAAGCUGGAGGUCCUGCGACUGGAUGGCAACCGUCUGAUGCAUUUCGAGGUCUGGCAGCUGAGCGCCAAUCCUUACCUGGUGGAGAUUAGCCUGGCCGACAACCAGUGGAGCUGCGAGUGCGGCUACCUGUCGCGGUUCCGCAACUACCUGGCCCAGAGCUCUGAGAAGAUAGUGGAUGCCCCGCGUGUGAGCUGCAUCUACAACAAUGCCACCAGCGUGCUAAGGGAGAAGAACGGCACCAAGUGCACCCUACGCGACGGCGUGGCCCACUAUAUGCACACCAACGAGAUUGAGGGUUUGCUUCCGCUGCUCCUGGUGGCCACCUGUGCCUUUGUGGCCUUCUUUGGCCUGAUCUUUGGACUCUUCUGCUACCGCCACGAGCUGAAGAUGUGGGCCCACUCCACCAGCUGCCUCAUGAACUUCUGCUACAAGACCCCGCGGUUUGUUGACCAGCUGGACAAGGAGCGUCCGAACGACGCCUACUUUGCGUACAGCCUGCAGGAUGAGCACUUUGUGAACCAGAUCCUGGCACAGACUUUAGAGAACGACAUUGGCUACAGGCUGUGCCUUCACUACCGGGAUGUGAACACCAAUGCCUACAUCACGGACGCCCUCAUCGAGGCCGCCGAGAGCGCCAAGCAGUUCGUCCUGGUGCUGUCCAAGAACUUCCUGUACAACGAGUGGAGUCGGUUCGAGUACAAGAGCGCCCUCCAUGAGCUGGUGAAGCGCAGGAAGCGCGUGGUGUUCAUCCUGUACGGGGAUUUGCCGCAGCGUGACAUCGACAUGGACAUGGGACACUACCUGCGCACGAGCACCUGCAUCGAGUGGGACGACAAAAAGUUCUGGCAGAAGCUGCGCCUCGCCCUGCCCCUGCCCAAUGCCCGGAGCAACAACAACAAGCGAGUGGUGGCCGGCUGUCUGUCAGGACGCACUCCCUCCGUGAACAUGUACGCCACGAGCCACGAGUAUCAGGCCACGAACGGGGGCGUGAUUCCGCCGCCCUCGGCCCGCUAUGCGGACUGUGGGGGCAACAACUAUGCCACGAUUAACGAGUGCGGAGCCACCGCUGGACGCGGCUACAAGGCCAUUCCCACCUCGGCCUCGGCGGCGGCGGCUGCCUGCAAGUUCAACACCAUGAACCAGCUGUCCAAGAAGCAGCAGCGGGAGCUCAGUGUGGCCGGAAUGGCCAAGACGCUGGAGCAUCAGCACCAUCACCACCACGCCUCCGCCAUUGGUGGAGGCCACCAGGCCAGCCAGAGGAGGAGCCAGCACGAGUACGCGGUGCCCAGCUACCUGCCCAGUGUGGGCGGCGCAGCGCCCGCCUACGACAGCGUGGACUAUGCCAAGCAGCAGCAGAUCCGCAACAAUGCCAACUGUGAGUGCAUCAAUCUGGGCAGCGGCACAGGGAAGAGGUCACAGCUGGUGAAGAGCGCCGCCUCCGGGCUGCCCUCCAGCUUCAGCUCGAACUUUGUGGCGCCCGGAGGAGCCGUGGCAGGGGCCUACAACUGCAAGAAGGCCUGCACCUGCAAUGGCGAUGACGACCUCCUGUGCAGCUGCGGCGGCGGAGGCGGCUCCAUCGGGGUCAACCUGCUGGAGAGCGGCACCCAGAGCAGCGUCACCAUGAGCAGCAGCAGCAACAACAGCCGCCAGCCGGAGCUCACGCACUACGAGUCCAACUUGAGCCUCAACGACGACGACGAGGACGAGGAUCUGGAUCAGCAGAAGAACCUGUGGGCGUAACGGGGUUAAGUCCAGGUUCGAGGAGAACGAACAAACCAGCAGGAGACAGACUGCGCAACCAGUGAAUUUAUAAAACUUAAAAGGAAACUUAAACCCUAAAGCAUAAACUAUAAAUAACUCUAAAUUAAUGGGAAUACGAGGCGUUAGCAUACUUUUUGGGAUGGUUCAAACAGACUGAUACUUUUAGUUCUUUGCAUAAAUUAAAAUUGAUAAUCCUGUGUAAAUACUGCCCAAGGUAUCCUUGAGAUUUAAAUAGUUUAACCCAUGUAAAAAUUACACGAAACGGUUUUUAUAUAAGGGCCUGUACAUAGUUACGAAUAUAAUAAUAUAUAAUAAUUUCCUAAUUUAUUAAAUAUUACAUAAACAGAUACUACGUAAGCAAACCAUGUUGAAUAAAAAUAAAAAUACGAGAAGAAAAACCAAA